CUUUUUUUUUCGGUGGCCGAGAAGGGAAUGCAUGCGGCCACCGCCACUUUCCACGCCUAUAUAAACUCUGCCCCUCCCCCGAGUUUCCUCGUUCUCUUCUCAUUGUCUUCUUGAGUUCGUCAGAGACCGUUUUAGCUCUUACGUGCAUCCAAUCGAGCAGCGCGGCUCUGCUUAAACCGAGCUAAAAGUUUCGACGACCGUACCGGUACCCAAAGGCAUAUAUAUGGUUGACACAGACGUACAGAUCCCUGGAGCAUUUGACCCAUUCACAGAGGCAAACGAGUCAGGUGCGCCUGGGGCGAAGGAGUAUGUGCAUAUCCGGAUACAGCAGAGGAAUGGGAAGAAGAGCCUGACGACGGUGCAGGGGCUGAAGAAGGAGUUCAGCUACGAGAGGAUCCUGAAGGACCUCAAGAAGGAGUUCUGCUGUAAUGGGAAUGUUGUUCACGACAAAGAACUCGGCAAGGUAAUUCAACUCCAAGGCGAUCAGCGCAAAAACGCCUCCAAUUUCCUUGUUCAGGUAAAUCAAAUCCCAUCUCCCGAUGUAUGUGCUGUUGUGUUUGCUUUGCGCUGAUUCAGGUCUUGGUUAUUGUUUUGGAAUUGCAGGCUGGGAUAGUGAAGAAGGAGCAGAUUAAGAUACAUGGGUUUUGAGGAAUGCGAUGUUACUUAAUGCGGCGGGUGUAUAAUAUUAUGUGGGGGGGUUUGUCGGGGAAUACUCUGUUUCCAUGUGGUUAGGGAGUUUUCUGCUUGUUUGAAAUCUGGGUGGGCGUGGUGUUGUUGUGCUGCUGCCUUUUUUCAGAAGUUAAGUUUGUGUGGUGAUAUGCGUCCAUGGAAUCUUGUUUACUAUCAAUGAGAUUGCUCUUUCACUCC